GUUGGCUUACGACGCUAGAGGGCGCUACUGGUUCUUUCAGGUUUUUACUACGACUUACCCGCGCAGCGACGCGUACUGAGCAACACUCGGAGCUACCAUGAGUUUAGACGUGAAAAAGCUGAAAGUGAACGAGCUGAAGGAGGAGCUCCAGCGCCGGGGCCUGGACACCAAAGGCCUGAAGGCGGACCUGAUGGAGCGGCUCCGAGCCGCUCUGGAGGAGGAGGCGCAGGCGGACACCGCGGAGGAGCAGGCCGAGCCCUACCAGGAGGAGGAGGAGGACCGUGAGGAGCAACAAGAAGAAGAAGCUCUGGGCUCUGGAGACAAGGACGCCGGUGAUGGAGACGCCCUUCAAGAAGAAGAAGAAGAUGAAGGGAAAGAUUCUGGUGGCGACUACGAGGAAAAGGAGCCAGAGGGCGAGCCCAACGAAAGUCAGCCGGCCUCCGACUCGGCUCACGGCGAGCCCGACUUCACAGCCGAUGAGGAUCUUAACAAAUCAAACGCCUCGUUUGAGAAGGAGACCAAACCGGAGCCGGAGGAGACCGUCAGGAACACACAGGAGAUAAAAAGAGAGAUCAAAACGGAGGAUGAGCCUGAGAACCAACAUCAAGAUGCUCCGAGCUCCGAGCAGCAAGCUGCUGCGGGUCACACACAGGAAGUCAAAGUGGAAGAUAAAGGUGGAAGCGUCAGCCGUAAGAGGCCCCACGAGGACAACAGGGGCUACAGCUACUACGGGCACCGGGAGGAGAAGAGAUCUCGAACACCUCAGCCUCCUGCUGAAGAUGAGGAGGAGAGCAUAGAUGAUUCUCUGGUGACGAUCGAUACGUAUAAUUGUGAUUUGCACUUCAAAGUGUCCCGGGAUCGUUACAGCGGUUAUCCUCUGACCAUUGAAGGCUUCGCGUACCUUUGGGCCGGAGCUCGAGCCUCUCACGGCGUCUCCAGGGGUCGCGUUUGCUACGAGAUGAAGAUAAACGAGGAAAUCCCCGUGAAGCAUCUGCCCAGCAGCGAGCCCGACCCCCACGUGGUCCGUAUCGGAUGGUCCCUGAACUACUGCAGCACCCAGCUCGGCGAGGAGCCUUUUUCCUUCGGAUAUGGAGGGACGGGGAAGAAAUCCAGUGACUGCAAGUUUGCAGACUUUGGCGAAAAGUUUGGUGAAAAUGACGUCAUCGGCUGCUACAUCGACUUUGAAAGUGGAGACCAGGUGCAGAUGGGCUACUCCAAGAACGGCGUGUACCUGGGCGUGGCGUUCAAGACGACCAAAGAGGAGCUGGCGGGGCGCGCUCUGUUCCCUCACGUGCUCGUGAAAAACUGUGCCAUUGAGUUCAACUUCGGGCAGAAGAGGGAGCCCUACUUCCCCCCGAAGGAAGGCUACACCUUCAUCCACAAUCUCCCCAUGGAGGAAAAGAUCAGGGGCACGAAGGGACCGGCCAACAAGUCUGACUGUGAGAUUUUGAUGAUGGUCGGCCUCCCCGCCUGUGGAAAGACCACGUGGGCCAUGAAGCACGCCGUGGAGAACCCUGAGAAGAAGUACAACAUCCUGGGCACGAACGCCAUCAUGGACAAGAUGAAGGUAAUGGGUCUGCGUCGCCAGAGGAACUACGCCGGCCGCUGGGACGUUCUGAUCCAGCAGGCCACCCAGUGUCUGAACCGGCUGAUCGAGAUCGCCGCCCGCAAGAGGCGCAACUACAUCCUGGACCAGACAAAUGUAUAUGGAUCAGCAAGGAGACGAAAAAUGCGUCCCUUUGAAGGUUUUCAACGCAAGGCUAUUGUAAUUUGUCCCACGGACGAGGAUUUUAAAGAACGAGCAUUAAAGCAAACCAAUGAGCAGGGGAAGGAUGUGCCCGAUCAUGCUGUGUUAGAAAUGAAAGCCAACUUCUCGCUCCCCGAUCCCUGCGACUUCCUGGAGGACGUGACGUUCGUCGAGCUGCAGCGCGACGAGGCCACGAAGCUGCUGAAGGAGUACAACGAGGAGGGCAAGAAGGCCGGCCCACCCCCCGAUAAGCGCUUCGACAACAGGCAGGGCGGCAGCUUCCGCGCUCGUGGCGGCAGCAAUUUCCAGCGCUACGACAACCGUGACGGGUUCCGCGGGGGCUACCAGAACCGCAGCGGAGAAGGAGGCAGUGGAUACCGAGGAGGCUACAACCGUGGUGGAUACAACCAGAAUCGAUGGGGCAGCAGUUACCGUGAUGGAGGCUCUGAUAGCCGCGGCAGCUACAACCGCACCCAGCAGUCUAGUGGAAGCUACAGCCGCCCGUCCACGUACAACAAGGGGGGAUACACUCAGGGCUACAGCCAGAGCUACAGUCAGGGCAACUACAACCAGGCUGGCUACAACCAGAACUACUACGGCAGCUACAGUCAGUACCCGGGGUACAGCCAGAGCUACAGCCAGCCGGCGGUGGCCGGGCAGGCGUACAGCCAGCAGCAGCAGCAGCAGCAGCAGCCGCCGCCAGCUCAGCCCCCGGCCCAGCAGCAGCAGAGCUACAACCAGCAGUACCAGCAGUAUGCUCAGCAGUGGCAGCAGUACUACCAGAACCAGAACCAGUGGAACCAGUACUACAACCAGUACGGCGGCUACUCCGGACAGGGCAGCCAAGGCCCUCCAGGAUCCCAGUAACUCCGCCCUGCGUCCUCCGGCGUCCCCACCUCCCGUCACCUUUGACCUCUGCAGUAAAAUUAUGAUUUUAAUUUUAUUUUUUGGCCCCAGUCACAGCAUCCCGUCUGUUUUUUUUCCUCUGCGGUCAUCGUACACAGAAACUGUAAACAGUUUGACGUCUCCUCUUUGUCUCCGGAGCGAGGCGUGCGCUCGGCGUGCGCUCGGCGCCAAGCGAGAGGUGGUAGACGAAGAGUCCCAGAGCAUUUGAUGAAUGGUUAUGAUUAUGAAUCGGGCGUGGACGUCUCCACGUUCUGACGCGGUAAUUGUAUGUUUUAUGCUAAGUGAGGAGGUGAACGGGUAAAAAGUAAAGCCUGAGUAAUUUAGCUUAACGAAGAACAAACUGCAUGCGUUUUUACCUUCACGACCCGUUCCUCCGUCUCGUUCCUUUUCAGUGAGCGUUUUUUUAUUUACCAGCUUUUUUAUAGGCGAGUGCCGUCGUGAUAAAUUCAGUCUUUCGUCAAGAAUAAUCUUUUCCCCGCUCUUUGAUUAGGUGUAUUUGCAGGAGGGUUUUUUUUUUUAAUCCAUCCCAUUUGUGAUUACUGUUAGUCUUGUAGUU